GAUUUUUCUUUCUGAUUGGCGCAUUGCCCGAACUUCCGAUUGGCUGGCGGCAAUGACACUUCUCUAAAGCCGGAGCUGUGAUUGUUUAGUGGAGGGGGCGCUGCAUGAGGAGAAGGUGAGGCGAGGGACAGAAGCGCUUCGGGGAGCGCUCAUACGUCAGGAUUAUGUCGGACUCAGAUAAGUUCCAGUUUGCUAUAGACCGGGGGGGCACAUUCACAGAUGUCUUUGCACGAUGCCCCGGGGGGAAGAUUCGUGUUAUGAAGCUGCUGUCUGAGGACCCAGCAAAUUACCCUGAUGCCCCCACGGAGGGAAUCCGACGGAUACUGGAGGAGGAGACUGGAUGUUCAUUCCCACGGGAGCAGCCGCUGGACACAGGGAGGAUUGAGUGGAUCCGUAUGGGCACGACUGUGGCUACUAACGCUCUGCUGGAGAGGAAAGGAGAGAGAAUUGCUCUGCUCAUCACUAAGGGAUUCCGGGACCUGCUGCACAUUGGGAACCAAGCCCGGCCCAAGAUCUUUGACUUGGAGAUCCAGAUGCCGGAGGUGCUAUACGAGGAGGUGAUCGAGGUGGAGGAGAGAGUCGUUCUGAGGCAGGAAGGCUGCUGUCUCCCAAAGAGACCGUCUAUGGAGUCCUUUGUAGGUUCUACUGGGGAGUCCCUGGAGGUGUGGAAGCCAAUCGAUGUGAAAAGGCUGGAGAAUGACCUGCAGAAUGUACUUGCCCGGGGGAUCAGGAGCCUGGCUGUGGUCCUUAUGCAUUCUUACACGUGGUCUUCCCAUGAGCAUCAAAUUGGGGAAUUGGCGCGCUCCUUGGGGUUCACCCAUGUGUCUCUCUCAUCAGAAGUGAUGCCAAUGAUCCGCAUUGUGCCCCGAGGUUACACAGCCUGUGCCGAUGCCUAUCUCACCCCCUGCAUAAAAAGAUAUCUCAAUGGAUUCUGCAAUGGCUUCAAGAACCAACUGAAGGACUUGCAGGUCUUGUUCAUGCGUUCGGAUGGAGGCCUGACCCCCAUGCAGAGCUUCAGUGGCUCCCGUGCUAUUCUGUCGGGCCCCGCGGGAGGGGUUGUGGGAUACGCCAUCACCACGUAUCACCAGGACCACCCGCAGCCAGUCAUUGGCUUUGAUAUGGGAGGGACCUCCACAGACGUGAGCAGAUAUGCCGGCGAGUAUGAACAUGUGUUUGAAGCCACAACAGCAGGAAUCAGCAUCCAGGCCCCACAACUUGAUGUGAAUACGGUGGCAGCCGGAGGGGGCUCUAUGCUCUUCUUCAGAUCAGGUCUGUUUAUGGUGGGACCAGAUUCUGCAGGAGCCCACCCCGGCCCAGCCUGCUACAGGAAAGGAGGGCCACUCACUGUGACUGACGCCAAUCUCUGCCUGGGCCGACUCCUUCCCGACUACUUUCCCCGGAUUUUUGGUCCAUCAGAAGACCAGCCGCUGUCUCAGGAGGACACGCUGCACAAGUUCCAGAAGCUGACUGCUGAGAUUAACCACUUCCAGGCUGGGAGAGCAGGUUCUGGUGCCUCAUUGAGUGUGGAGGAAGUUGCUAUGGGAUUCAUCAGAGUGGCCAAUGAAGCUAUGUGCCGGCCAAUCAGAUCGCUCACUCAGGCAAAGGGCCAUGACACUUCGCGCCAUGUGCUGGCUUGCUUUGGGGGUGCAGGGGGGCAGCAUGCCUGUGCCAUCGCUCGCUCACUGGGCAUGAAAACUGUAUUCAUCCACAAGUAUGGUGGGGUUCUGUCUGCUUUUGGCAUGGCAUUGGCUGAUGUAGUCCAUGAGGCACAGGAACCCUGCUCUAUGGUUUACAAACCAGAAUCCUUCUCCCUGCUGGAGGAACACAUUGUAGCCCUGGAGAGGCAGUGCAUAGAGGCCCUGCAGGAACAAGGCUUCCACAGGUCCCAGAUUGACACAGAGCCGUUCCUGCACCUUCGCUAUGAGAGAACAGACUGCGCCCUCAUGUGCUCUAACCGGGGGUACCCAACUGCCCCGGACUCCUGCCACGUGGGGAACUUUAAACAGGCGUUCACUGACAGGUACCUGAAGGAGUUUGGAUUCACCAUCCCCUCGCGCUCCAUUGUGGUGGACGACAUCCGAGUACGAGGGACGGGCAGCACCGGAAUCCGCUGUGAGGUUGCCAUUCAGCCAAGUGGGCAGCCUGCCCGAGUGGAGACAGUCACCAGAUGCUACUUUGAGGAUGGAUAUUAUGACACAAACGUGUACCUCCUGCAGGACCUUUCCUCCGACCAUUCCAUAACAGGACCCGCCAUUAUCAUAGACAAGAACAGUACUAUCCUGGUGGAACCUGAUUGCACGGCCUCUAUAACUGAAUAUGGAGAUGUCCGGAUAUCAGUUGGAAGCGGAAAGCAGAGGGUGAUCGGCACUGACUUGGACACAAUCCAGCUUUCCAUCUUCUCCCAUCGAUUCAUGAGCAUUGCAGAGCAGAUGGGUCGUAUCCUGCAGAGAACAGCGAUUUCCACUAACAUCAAAGAACGACUAGACUUCUCCUGUGCUUUGUUUGGCCCUGAUGGGGGCUUGGUCUCUAAUGCUCCCCAUAUACCCGUCCAUCUGGGUGCCAUGCAGGAGACAGUCCAGUUCCAGAUCAGGAACCUGAAGGAUGAUCUGAAGGAAGGAGAUGUCAUACUGAGUAAUCACCCAUGUGCUGGGGGAAGCCACCUGCCAGACCUCACGGUUAUUACCCCUGUGUUCCGGGUGGAGGCCCCACGCCCAGUUUUCUUUGUGGCAUCCAGAGGUCACCACGCUGACAUUGGUGGUAUUACACCAGGCUCCAUGCCACCCCACUCCAAGAUCCUGCAGGAUGAGGGGGCAGUGUUCACCUCAUUCAAACUGGUGCGAGAAGGAAAAUUCCAGGAGGAAGCAGUUGCUGAGGCUCUUAUGGCUCCAGGUCUGAUCCCGGGCGGCAGUGGGACCCGUAAUCUCCAUGACAACCUGUCUGACCUGCGGGCACAAGUAGCUGCCAAUCAGAAAGGCAUUCAGCUGGUGAAUGAGCUGAUCGAUGUGUAUGGGCUGCAGGUGGUACAGGCCUACAUGGCGCACAUUCAGGCUAAUGCCGAGGUGGCUGUGAGGAACAUGCUGAGAGACUUUGCUGAGUGCUGGGAGAGCCAGAAGGGGGCGCUAGAGGUGGAGUCUGUGGAUUACAUGGAUGAUGGCUCGCCAAUUAAACUGAAAGUGCAGAUAAAUAAGCAGGAGGGCAGUGCGGUCUUUGAUUUCACUGGAUCUGGAUAUGAGGUUUAUGGGAACUGCAAUGCCCCACGUGCAAUUACCCUUUCUGCUCUCAUUUAUUGCCUUCGCUGCAUGGUGGGCCAGGAUAUCCCUCUUAAUCAGGGCUGCCUUGUUCCCAUCCAGGCUGUAAUUCCCAAAGGAUCCAUCCUGGACCCCUCUCCUGGUGCGGCUGUGGUUGGGGGUAAUGUGCUGACGUCACAAAGGAUCGUUGAUGUCAUUUUCAAGGCCUUUGAAGUCUGUGCAGCAUCUCAGGGCUGUAUGAAUAAUAUAACUUUUGGAAACAAGACUACUGGUUACUACGAGACAGUAGCUGGCGGUGCAGGGGCGGGCCCUCACUGGGACGGGCGAAGUGGAAUCCACACUCACAUGACCAACACCCGCAUCACCGACCCCGAGAUCUUGGAGAAACGAUACCCAGUUGUGCUGAAGAGCUUUGAGUUAUCCCCUGGUACCGGUGGGACAGGAAAGUUCCAUGGAGGAGAUGGAGUGAUCCGAGAGCUGCUGUUUAGAGAAGACAUUGUUUUAUCUGUGUUGACGGAGCGCCGAGUGUUCCGACCCUAUGGGUUACAGGGGGGAUCUAGUGGGGCCCCCGGACUCAACCUGUUGCACAGAAAGGAUGGAACAACCAUUAACCUCGGAGGCAAAACAUCAGUGAAUGUUCAGCCGGGGGACACGUUCAGCCUUCAUACCCCAGGCGGUGGGGGGUUUGGGCUUCAGGAGGGGAACCAAAGGGCCCCUGUUCCCGUGAAGGUUCUGAGUGGUGGCUUUGCUGAGCGUGGGAGUGUGUUUGAGUUCCGCAGAGCUCAGGAAACUGUUUGACACUGGUUGUGCCCCUGUCCCUCCAUCUCUGAUCUGCUGAAUGUGGAAGAGUUGAACCAAGGACAUGAUUGGUACAUUAGAGGAAAGAAUCUCAAAAGGAUUUGCCCCUACAGUGACCAUAUAGGACCAAGAUCUUAAUCCAAAUUAUUUAGAAUUUCACUGCCAUGCAAUCACUUAGGCUUCUGCGGAUCCCCCCUUAUCCAAGAUCCCAGCUCAGGAGCAGCAGGUUAUUAUACAAAUCCCCUCCAGCCGAUGGGUCAGCUCUUACACUAUCGCUUGGUUAAUGUGGCAGAAGCUGGGGGACAAGGAGCAUCAAGGACACCCCACUAGAUCCCUCACAACAGUUGUGAGCCCCCAACAUUAUAUAUGUAAUGUAGGACUGUCAAUCUUAAGGCCCUUCACCUAUUGAUUAAUCAGGGGUCUCCUGUUAAGCAAAGACCCCAGGAUGCAGUUUUUGCUGUGUGGUUGGUGGCCACCAUGAUUGCUUGCCUUCCAAUCCACUGCUUUUAGGAGGUGAUCACAGACCAGAAGCAAAUAACACUGAUGGCGAUCACAUAUGGUCAAGAUCUGUAUGGAGAGCAUGACUGGGGGUAGAGGGGGGCAGUACAGGGCGGGGGCCUAAUUGAUAUAAAGUCACAUGUUGUCCAACCUGUAGGCCUCUGGUUCUAAACAACUAAAGUUCUGCUGCGUUCCUCUCACCCUUAUUCUGCCAUACCCCUCUGUCCCACAACUGCUGCUCUAGGGGGGGGCAUCAUUUGUUCCCAAGUCAGUCCUGUUUGGACCAAAUGAAUCCUUGGAGCUGCCAUAGCUGUUGGCUGUAGACAAUAAAGAGUUUUAGAUCA